GUAUUGUGACUCGAAGAGUUAUUGGCCUAUUGAGAGAGGAGAUAUAAGUUAAAUAUCUUUCUCUUUCAUUUGAUCUUUUGAUUCUUUUAUCGUUGAUUGAAUUUCUUGUGCUCUAUCCUUUGGGCUUAUAUAUACUCUCAUAUACCUCCCGGGUUUGAAUGUUGUUGCUUUUGUAUUGUGUCAACCUAUCAAGACUUUAAGGACCAAAGCUCCCUCACAUACUCAAACUUAAAGUAUCCUACUAUUGCUACUUUGACAAUGGUUACUACAAAUCUAUCUCCCCCCACCCCUCACACAUCAACCUCCUCGCCUCCAAUCCAACAUCGACAAAACCGGCGUCGGGAAAGACCAGGCUCACGCGCCCGUCGAAGUAUCUCUCGUAAAACCGCUCUCGCCACCGAUCUCAACGAAGGAAUCCUCGAAGCUCGAGACUCUGAUUUCUACAUUCCAAAUCAUAGACCCGGUAACGGAGCUUCACCAUUACUGAGACAAAACUUCGAUCAAAGUUGGAUGAGAUGGAAAGCUAGACAAACUGCUGAGCUAGAGAUGUUAGCUAUGAAACAAAAUAUGAAACAGUUGGAGAUGGAGAGACAAAUGAUGAUUGGGGAAAUGAAGAGGAGGGAAGAAGAAGAAUUGGGGAAAAUGCAACGAAGACUUUUUGGUGGUGAUGAUGAUGAUGACGAUGUGAGUUGUGAUAUUGAUCUUUGUCCUGCUAUGCUGGAUGUGGUGUUGAGACUUUUCGAUGGGGAGGUCGAUUAUUUGGAUCCCUAGUAAGAGUCUCAUCUCAAGUCACUUCACUUCAUCAUUUUUGAUUCUUCAAUCACCAGAAUUUUCGGUUGCGUUCGGCUAUAGAGUUUGGAUAAAUCGGUUCAAAGCAUAUCAGAUGGAUGAAUGCUUACGCAUUUCUUCUCCUUCACAGCUGUUAUGUCGCAUGAAAGCUCUUCAUCCAUCUACACCCACAUCAAUCUGUCAAGACCAAAUCCAAAAUGUCGAAACUGAGAAACUAUUCUCAUACAGCUUUCGACCACCACAGCUCCGUUGCACAGAAUCAAGAUGUUAAAUUUGAUUUUUCAACAACAUACAUCAUGAUCUGGUUUCUGCGGAGGGCAGGAGUCCGUUCGUCUCAUAUGGGGAUAUACUGCAUGGGAUUUGCCUCGAAUUUUCAUCUUCUGCCCAAUCUUGUUUGCUGCAUAUUCCGGAUCCGGGCGGGAUACAAUACGGCCAUUACCACCUUCAACUUGGAUGCCUCUACUUUACCUUAUCAUCGGCCUCGAUAUGAAUAUCCAUCUACCUACAUUCUCCUCGUCUCGGUAUGAUCAGUUCUUGACGAAUGAACAUUCAUCUCUACCCACGUCAUACAUCCACAUUCACAUCCGCACCAUCAACACCUCAAGUUACCUCACUACUCAUCCACACCUCAGGGAACCAAAAAAGUACCACUGGGAGAACUACAAAAAACCUCGAAUAUAAUAUUCAUCGCGUGACGACUCGCGACAAAUCUCUCAAAUCAAAUCAUCGUAUCAAACUAACCUACCAUACGCUUUCUCCCCCUCUCUACCUACCUCUUUCCACCUUGUCAAUUAUCAAUCCCACCUUGGGGCUUGUAUGGUUUGGUUAGGUUCGGUUGGUUUAGUCAAAGAUUAGAUUUGGUGUAAGGGAUUAGUCCUCUAUAACUUGAAUGAUUUCUCAUUCGAGAGUUUUAUUUCUCUGCGGCUGGAGAGGAGGGGCUCUUGCGGUUCGGGGUUUGAGAUAUUUGAUUGAGAGUUUAGAGGCUGAGUGUGGAAAGGGAAAGGAAGAAAAAAAGGAGUAAAAGAGAGAGGGGAGGAAA